CAGCUCUCACGUUGCACCAGACAGUCGAACUGAUUCCUAACUGAUUCCUAUCUUGUCUCUCGUACCAGAAGGUUCCCGGUAAAUAGUGACGCCAUUGUACUACACCAGGCAGUUAAAGGAAUUUAAAAAUAUGGCGUUAUUUCCAACCCAAUCUCAGCGCAAGUCUGGCACAUGGAAGAAUUUAGACCGCCCUUUCACCAUGACAUCUGAAAUGUACAAAGCCAUACAUGAAGCACUUGGAACGACGCGUUUCAUUGCCACUGGUCAGAUGGGCGGCGGUUGCAUCAAUGAAGGCGAAGUUUAUGAGGUGGAUAACGGGAAGGUUUAUCUGAAGAGAAGUUCAAAGGAAAAGGCAAGGGAUAUGUUUGAUGGAGAGUUUGAAAGUCUAAAGGCCUUGAAAGCAACAGGAACGGUGAAGGUUCCUACCCCACACAUAGUCGUAGACAACCCCACCGGUGGAGCUGUGUUAUGCAUGGAAUACCUUGACAUGCGCAGUUUAAAUCGUCAUUCUGGAAGCCUUGGGAAACAGCUAGCAGAGCUCCAUCUGUACAACAUCGAAGAAGGAAAGAAAGCAGAGUCGAACGACAGCUACGUCGGUCAAGGUGAGAAAGAGUGCCAGCAGUACACAUCGCAGUUUGGCUUCCACAUCACCACAUGCUGUGGGUACAUCCCCCAAGAGAACAGCUGGUGCGAUGACUGGGUUGAUUUUUACGCAAGAAAGCUUCAGCAGCAGUUGACGCUGGUUGAGAAAGAUUAUGGUGACAGAGAGGCCCGAGAAUUAUGGUCCAAGCUUCAGUUGAAACUCCCGGAGUACUUCAAAGACAUAGAAGUGAAGCCGUCUCUUCUCCACGGUGACCUGUGGAGUGGUAAUGCUUCAGAAAUUGCCGACUGUCCAGUGAUAUUUGAUCCAGCAUCUUUCUACGGGCACCACGAAUUCGAUCUUGCGAUCGCUGGCAUGUUUGGAGGCUUCAGCAGGAGGUUUUGGGACGAGUACCACAAAGUUAUCCCAAAGGCUCCAGGCUGGAAUGAGAGGCACAAAUUAUAUCAGCUGUUCCAUAACCUGAAUCAUUGGAAUCAUUUCGGAACGGGAUAUCGCAGUGGUAGUCUGCAGUUGAUGCGAACUCUCUCCAAGUAGGCUGCAGAGAAUGAUUCCUUGCAAGAAUUGAAGCAGCAUGCAGAAUCUGCAAAGAAGCAAUAUUGUACAACUUGAAGAUGAGUAAUCUAAUGAAGAAAGUUUCGCUCUUUGAAUGCUAAAAGGAAAACAGUUUUGGACACUGAGCUAUGAUUAAGCUUGGAAUAAAUUUAUAUUUACUCUUGACUGCCUUUCCACCAAAUGCAGUGAUUUAGUCAAACCAUAAUCUAUACAAUACUUAAAUCUACUGAAUAUUUAAGGAAGUUGGUUAGGAAAGCAUUUACUUACUUGUGAUGGUCUCCUCAUACAGGCAGUCCCCGGGUUACGACGUUGUUCCGUUCUUGAGACGCCUUGUAACCCGAAAAUCGUCGUAAGCCGAAACAUCAUAAAAAAUCCUAAGGAAACCUUACUUUUAAUGCUUUGGGUGCAUUAAAAACUAUGUAAACUGCAUUCUUAUUUCAUUUUUCAUCUAAAAGAUCUUCAAAUAUUGAUUAUUUUGCAUUUUUGGUUUCAUAUUUCUUGUGCCAGAUCAGCAUUGUAGGCGUCGUCGUAACCCUGGAACAUGCGUCGUAACCCUACAAAUAAUUUCUGACGAGUAUAAUUGAAAAGCGCCUUAACCUCGGAACGUCGUAAGCCGAACCCGUCGUAACCCGGGGACUGCCUGUAGUACUCUUUUCAAGUACAUACUCUAUUUAUACUCCAUAUCAUAACUUGUAAAGUAUACUGUCAGUAAGAUUAAUUUUGAAUAUUUUGCAUGAAUGGUGCCAAACGUAAGGACUUUAGUACACGUCUAUCCAGCAGGCACAUUCAAAGGACUUUCAGUAAGAAAUGAAGAGCGUAGUUUUCUGACGGUAAGUUUUGUAUUGAUAUUAGGUACGUGAGAUGUACCAUCAGUAUUAUUAUGGCUAAACUAUCAAAUAAUACAGUAAUACUACUGCCAGCUAUUGAUCGUUAGUCUAGUUGAAUUGGAAACUGUUAUUGAAACCUGACCGCUUUCCAUCAUACAUUCCACUUUGCUGUAACUGUGACGUAUUCGUUACUGAACUGUUUUAAGAAAUAAGUGUCAUCCACUACAUAUCAUAAAGAAAUAUUAGAUCUCUAUUUGUAGGUAGUAUGUAUACAGGACUCACGCAAAUUCAAAAGCAGUCCGGUUAAUUUGUCUCCGUUUUGCUUGCGAAGAAAAUGGGAAACUUUACGCCAAUACUGAUCAUUUGUUGAGGGCCAUCAUUUAAUGUUACAUUUGAAAGAACUUGUUUUAUUUUAUCAUCCUUUUAUGAAUAGACAUGCAGCAUUGAGUUUCUUUCAGAGGUAUAUAAUAGUAGUUUCUUGCUUGAAAACUGGUACAGCUGCAGUGUUGUGAUUAAAUGUACCGUAAUUUUGAGUCGCUGCACUUUUAUGUUCGAAGGGUAAGCACACCUAAAUCCAGUGAAUAAACUUUUGAUAAGUCGAACUUUAAGCUGAAAUGUAUCGAGCAAAACAAUGGACAUGGUAGCAUCAUCUGGUGGAAAUUUAGCUUGCAAUGCAUCUGGGAAUUGGAGGUGUCACGCCAUGAUUUUGAAAGUGGUCCAAAUAUGUAAGAUCUACUCUUUACAAAUGUGCUUUUCUCAAUCUCUUACCUUAACAUCCUACUGCUGCUUCCCAUCUUGGUAACAUCUGUCCACAUGACAAAAAAAUUACUAUGUAAAAAAUAUAUACUAAUGUAUUUAGCCUUAAAGAUGUUUGUCCAGGCCCCAGUAUAUUACCUCACUCUCUUGAUGAAAAUGUUUUUUAUAAGAGGUACAGAAACAAUUUACAUUAAUAUGCAUUUGGUUAAAGUCUAUGCGCGAUUUUGUGUAUAUUUCUUUAUUACGUACACUGCAUUUCUUUGGUUACCAGUUAUUUAAGAAUAAUAAAAGGUUAAGAAAAUGCUCUAUGUAGAGUUCUGUGAGGAAAAGUUAGGUUUGAAGUUUGUAAAUUGAAUAGAACUUUGAUUUAACGAACAGCAAAGCAUCCAUAUUGGUUGAGCUGUGAAAAGGCCGACUAAGUUUGGAUGGCAGAUAAUAGUACUAAUAAGUUAAGGUAGGUUUAUAAAAAGCUCCAUAAUAUUGAAGAGUGUAUGAAAUAUAAGAAAAAAUCCCUGCAUGAAAUAAAUUUAGUAUGUUAAUGUAAAGUAACUCUCAAACGCCACCCUUAAUUAGAAUGAUGUUUCAGGCUGAAUUCCCAAAAUAUUUAUUUUCUGUAAUGAUAUUAUUCUGUUAUGUUUGUAACCUUUGUUACAUGCUUUAUUUCUGUAAUUGUGUUAUGCUUUAUUUAACAGAAAACAUGAUUCUGUGUAAGCACACAAAACCAAAACAGUGAAAAGUGUGUAGAUGAUGUAUAUUUUAAGGUCCAAACAGUCCAGCAAAUGUAUAAGAGGCCUAGUCUAAGUCCCCAGUGCUUACUCUUCAAUGCCAAUACUGUCAAUACAGUUGAACACAUAAAAUUAGUUUUCGUAAAGAUUAGUGAUUAAUGUUAGUACCUAACUUGCUUGUGAUAUUUUGGUAUAGAUAAAGAAAUGCUGUGAUAAUUCAUGAAUGCCUGAGGUAUUGAACACAAAAACUGUAUGGGAACUGUAUUAUAUUAGUUUCUCUGUAUUGCAUACUUCCUUUAAACAAUAUGCUAUUGGUCAUAUGACCAUGUUUAUCCUAUGUCAAGUUUUCCUAAUGCUGUACUAUUGUACUUCAAAGUAGUUAUGUUCCUUGGUAGGUAUCCUGAUUCAUCUUGCAACUAUAUACAAAUGUUGAAAAAUGCAGCUUUGGUAUGUUAUAAGUGCAGUUCUUAUCUAUCAGUAUUUUGAAGGCAGCUGCCACAACUGUACAGAACUUCCAAAAGUAUUUUAAGUUUUAUAUGAUGCUGUAAAAAUGAAAUGUAUAUGUUAGUUGUAAAAUUAUAAGUAUACUCUACGUAUAUUCCAUGAAACCUAAGUGAUAAGUGAAAUUAUAAUUUCUAUUAAUUCUUAUGUGAAGUUUUGACAGCUUAAUUUUUUUUUAACUAUGAUGUUAAACACAAUGAAAACAUAUAAGACUAGCAUGACUGUAGUGUCAGUGAUGUGAAGUAUUCAUUAAAUAAAUGGUUACAAAACAUUAUA